CGCCCGGCCGCCCGCCCGCCCCUCCGCGCGUCCGCUCGGGCUCCCUGCGCAGCGGAAACAUGGCGGCGGGAAGGGAGUGAGCCGCCCCGCGCCGCCGCUGCGCCCGCAGAUUUCUCCAUCUUGCUAAGGAGGAACACUUUCCUAUUUGAUAUAGCUGAUGGUACCAUGCAAAAAUCGGAUCCUCGAAAAGAUGGAGAAAUUAACAUACAGAGAAACUGACUUGUCAGAGGUCAGAGUAAGAUAUUGGUGGAUCCAGGGAUAAAUCCUAAACUCCUUAAUUCCUUGACCAGUUUUAACUCCAUUGACUAUGCAGCCUAGUGUAAUAGACUGGAAUGAUGUUAGAAAACACAAAUAUGGUCAUCUCUCAGAGUCUGCAUCCCAAUAUCAAGAAGCUACUGACAUCCUGGAACUAGUGCUUUUUACAUGGUCCAAAGUGGCCCUGUGCUACUCCACUGCAGAGGAAACAUCAAGAAAUGCUGGUUUGCUACAGUAUUUUAGUUUGUGAGAGUCUCUGGGAUCUUCCCUGCACCAUCAUGGGGUCACCUCUAGGUCAUUUUACCUGGGACAAAUACCUAAAAGAAACAUGUUCAGUCCCAGCGCCUGUCCAUUGCUUCAAGCAGUCCUACACACCUCCAAGCAACGAGUUCAAGAUCAGCAUGAAAUUGGAAGCACAGGACCCCAGGAACACCACAUCCACGUGUAUUGCCACAGUAGUUGGACUGACAGGUGCCCGCCUCCGCCUUCGCCUUGAUGGUAGCGACAACAAGAAUGACUUCUGGCGGCUGGUUGACUCAGCUGAAAUCCAGCCUAUUGGGAACUGUGAGAAGAAUGGGGGUAUGCUGCAGCCCCCUCUGGGGUUUCGGCUGAAUGCCUCCUCUUGGCCCAUGUUCCUUUUGAAGACACUAAAUGGAGCAGAGAUGGCUCCCAUCAGGAUUUUCCACAAGGAACCACCAUCGCCUUCCCACAACUUCUUCAAAAUGGGAAUGAAGCUAGAAGCUGUGGACAGGAAGAACCCUCAUUUCAUUUGCCCAGCCACUAUUGGGGAGGUGCGGGGCUCAGAGGUGCUUGUCACUUUUGACGGGUGGCGAGGGGCCUUUGACUACUGGUGCCGCUUCGACUCCCGGGACAUCUUCCCUGUGGGCUGGUGCUCCUUGACUGGAGACAACCUACAGCCGCCUGGCACGAAAGUUGUGAUUCCAAAGAAUCCCUAUCCUGCAUCUGAUGUGAACACUGAGAAGCCCAGCAUCCACAGCAGCACCAAAACUAUCUUGGACCAUCAACCAGGGCAGAGGGGGCGUAAACCAGGAAAGAAGCGGGGCCGGACACCCAAGCCCCUAAUUCCCCACCCCAUCUCUACCCCAUCCAAGUCAGCUGAACCUUUGAAAUUCCCAAAGAAGAGGGGUCCCAAACCUGGCAGUAAGAGGAAGCCUCGGACUUUGCUGAACCCACCACCCACCUCACCAACAACCAGCACCCCCGAACCGGAUACCAGCACUGUACCCCAAGAUGCUGCCACCAUCCCCAGCUCAGCCAUGCAGGCCCCCACAGUUUGUAUUUACUUGAACAAGAAUGGCAGCCCAGGCCCCCACUUAGAUAAGAAGAAGGUCCAGCUGCUCCCUGACCAUUUUGGGCCGGCCCGCGCUUCCGUGGUGCUGCAGCAGGCUGUCCAGGCUUGUAUCGACUGUGCGUAUCAUCAGAAAACCGUCUUCAGCUUCCUCAAACAGGGCCACGGUGGUGAAGUUAUCUCAGCCGUGUUUGACCGUGAGCAGCAUACUCUCAACCUCCCAGCAGUCAACAGCAUCACCUACGUCCUGCGCUUCUUGGAGAAACUCUGCCACAACCUUCGCAGUGACAAUCUGUUUGGCAACCAGCCCUUUACACAGACUCACUUGCCACUCACCACCACUGAGUACAGCCACAGCCACGACAAGUACCUACCAGGUGAAAGCUUUGUCUUGGGGAAUAGUCUGACUCGGUCUUUGGAACCACACUCAGACUCAAUGGACUCUACCUUGAAUCCCACCAACCUUGUCAGUGGCUCCCAAAACCUUCGAACCCAUGGGUACCGGCCUUUGCUUCCAUCCUGUGGCCUCCCACUGAGUACUGCCUCAGCUGUGCGCAGGCUGUGCUCCAGGGGGUCGGACCGAUACCUGGAAAGCCGGGACACCUCUCGACUGAGUGGCCGGGACCCCUCCUCAUGGACAGUGGAGGACGUGAUGCAGUUUGUCCGGGAAGCUGAUCCUCAGCUUGGACCUCACGCUGACCUUUUUCGCAAACAUGAGAUCGACGGCAAGGCCCUGCUCCUGCUGCGCAGCGACAUGAUGAUGAAGUACAUGGGGCUGAAGCUGGGGCCAGCGCUCAAGCUCUCCUUCCACAUUGACCGGCUCAAGCAGGGCAAGUUCUGAACUGGGAGACGCAGCCUAGACCACCGAGGGGUCACCAAGAACGGGCCAGCACUCUUCUCCCCGGAAGGGGGGCCAGCAGCCCACUGCCGGCGCCUCAGUGGAGUUCAGGGCCGCCUCAGGACUCCGGAGGCUGUGCGGAACCACCACCGCUCCCCCUCCUGCCAUGAUAUGUCCUUCCAUGAAGGACCAAGAGGAGAGUGUGGGCCCAGGGCUGGCGCUUCUCUUCCCCUCAGCCCUGCCUCAGCUCUGAGGUCCCUCUGUAUUUAUUUCUCAAGCCUGGUUGGCUUCUCACAGGGCGUUUAGACUGAACACCUUCCAGUGAUGAAGGGGCAGACCCCUGAGGCCUCAGUGGAUGGGGCCCUCGACUGACACCUGGGCCCCAUCCACCUGCUGGGCCUGGCGUGGCACCCCAUUGCCCCGCAGCUCCCACCACCACCUCAUGAGAGCCCCAGACUCCAAAAUCAUGGUGCAGACCUCUACCUUUUUUUAAAAAAGAUCUUUUCUUCUUGUUUAAAUGUAUUGUUUCUGGCACUUGGGCAAGCCCUCCAGCUCAUACUCCUCUCACUCCCAACACUGGGCUUCAGGAGAAGGGAGACUGCCUGGCCCUGGUCCCCAAGAGACAUGGGCCCUCUUCAGAGGCCAUCAGGGCCAUCCCCCGAGGGCAUGUUGUCUGUAGGAUGGACAGAUCCUUCAGGCCUUGACCAUAUCAGCGGGGGGAGGAGAGGGUCCCUGUCACCUUUCCCUCUUCUGCCCCUGGGCCCUUUAGCCCUGGACCUCCACUGUGGGAAUGGGAGUCCCCUGCCCCAUAGCUCCUUGCCCUGGCCAAAACUACUGCCGAAGGAGGUUAGGCCCCAUGAUUUUAGGUCACAAAGGCCGUAAGGUGGAUGGAAGGGAAGGGUCUGCAGGCUGGAGUCUAGUUGUACCCUCUCCGUCAUCCAGAUGCUUCCUUUAUAAGCAAGUCAGCAGCACAGCUGCCCCUGCUGCCAUCCAGACUUCUUUUAUGUCAAUCUGUUUAUAAAUAAAAACCAAUAUA